UGCUGGAGCAUGGCGAGAGGGGCCGUUGGUCUCUGCCAUGCUGGUGUGGCAUCGUGUUACUCUGUUGCAACCAACAGCCCGCUGGCCAAUGUCCUGCAGCAGGCUCUGCUGCCCGUGGUGGACCAGGCCACCAGCACACAGAACGACUGGUGGGGCAGCCUGGUGAAGAGCACCGUGGUGUGCGCUGGCGGCAUCUCGAGGUGCAACAUGCAUGGGGAUUCGGGUGGCCCCUUGAACUGCGAUCUCUGCGGGGUGCAUGGCAUCGUCAGCUUCGGCUCCUCGGUGGGCUGCAACAUGCCGCGGAAGCCCACUGUCUUUGCCCGCGUGUCUGCCGACAUCACCUGGAUCAAUGAGGUGGGUGCCACCAUGCUGCGAGGGUCUCUGCCACUUCAGCUGCUGGUGGGUCUCCCUACAUGUCCUGCCGCCUGGCUUUUGCAAACAUCAGCGCCAACUGAGGACGCGGUGGGCGAAGGAGCUGCACUGGGGCUGGGGAUCUGGGAAGGAGGGGACAAACCUUUACCCCUUGGUGACCGCGGCUGGCACCUGGUCCCUGGGGCAAAGGAGGGGGACUCCCGCCAUGGCAAGGCCCGACCAGGAUGGGGGACAUCUGGGGACAUGAUGCUGCCUGUCCUGGGCAAUGCGGGGAAGGAUGGCACUGUGGGUCGACAAGACGGCGCAUGCAACGGGCUGCGACGGCUCUUGAGGCUGGUCUGGGGCAGCGUUGGGUGUGGGUGUCAGCACUGGCAGGGACAGCCCGAGGAGUUGGCAGGGUGCACGGAGCUGACGUGGGAGGCCUUCCCUCAUGGACCCUUGGACAGACUGUAG